AUGGUAUAGCAAGUCCAUCACCACUGCAGCUGACCUAGAAUUGAAUUACCCGUCGAAAGUUCUGGAACCUAAAUUUCAAUUUCAAUUGUAAUGUUAGGUAGUGGAGGUACAACUGAAAAACAAUGCAUUUCCUACCAAUUGAUCAGACAUGUUAGUUGAUACGGUUGAAAGCACUUUUAGCGGCAGUAUUUGUAUUACAAAGAAACAUCUCGAAGAUCGUACCCGUCGAAAGUUCUGGAACGUAAAUUAUUUCACCCUGUAUUCAAAGGACGGCAAGCAUGGCUCAGGAACUCUUCACACCCCAGAUUCCCGGUUCAUUUAAGGGAUUGCUGAGUGGGUCAAAGGUUGUGCAGAAGGCUAUUUUGGAAAGGAAUGAAAAAAAGUACUCACUGCUUGAAGGUAGGCGCAGCGUCAUUCUCUACUCGUCCGCAGACUCCUCCCCUCCAUCCUUGAACAAUGAACUCAAUCUGUCCUCACCGAACUUUAUUGCACUGGGCGAGAGCUUUUUCCUCGCCAAAUUCAAGUACACCGUGAAAGACAACCGUACCAACGGCAGUGAUCACUACGAACACUGGACAUGUCCUACCUCCCCGGGCUUUUCCUUCUUCAGAAACAUCAGAGUUGAAUUGAACGGAACGGAGGUGACUCAGUCCAGCAAGAUUUCAGACAUGCAAAGUGUACAGCACGUGCUGAGCCUUCUGGAAAGUGACGUAUCCAGGCUCCAGUACUCAGACUCUGAUCUGUAUGGACUGCAGAAGCUCGAUACUCGAAAGGCCUUGAAAAACAUCCAUCUCGAUCAGUAUCGGUAUGGCGUGAAGCGGAAGAGGGCCUAUGCAUUUAUGACGAACGAUUCUGACGGUGAUGAUUUCGACAGUACGGCUGGGAACUACAAGGUGAAGCGAAAGCCUGGCGUACUCAUUUCUGAAACCGAAUCGUUCAGCAACACCGUGCAGGAGAACAUUGUGCGCACACUGUGCGGCCGUUUCCAGUACAAGAUGCGACCCUUCCUACCAUUCUUCAACGCGGACGAUGCCUGGCUACCACCGGGUACACAGGUGAAGAUCAAGUUCGAUUUGCCACAGGCUGAGCUUUCCAGAUACAUGAUCGUUUCCGACAAGGGUGGUGGUGCUAACAAUGCAGACAGUGUAGGCAACAUCACGAUCGAGCUCACCCAGCUUGAUUUCAUCGUGCCCACCUACCGCAUGGAUCACAGCUAUGUCGAUCAGGUGCGACUGUCCAAGCAGCUGUUUUUCCACACGUGGUGCCCGCGACAGAUGCAGAAGAGCAUAACGGACGACGCUGGGACAAUAGAGCUUUUGCACAACUCCGACAUUCCACGUCGCUUUCUCUUGUUUUUCGAAGACUUGAAAUCGAGGGAUCAACCUGCACUCGGCACUGGCAAUGCCACUCAUUCAUCCAAUCGAUUGGCGAUGAUUCAUGCAAACAUAUCGCAGCUGCGCAUCACAGUCAACGAGGAAACUCUGUUCGAUAGCCCUCUCAAAUUCGACUGGAUGUGCAGCGUGAACGAAGAUGAUGGGACGUACUUUUACGAUUACAACAAGUCAUCCUACCUGCGCGGGUACAAUCUGGUCCGUGAAUUUUUCGGAAAGACAUACGGCACUGAAAUACCCAUUACCGCUGCCGACUACUGCAACCACUAUUUCAUGAUACCUAUCAACUUGAACCUUGACCAUCAAGUGGACAAUCAAAAGAUGAGAGGCAAUCUGUCUAUCGACUAUCAGUUUUCAGCCGUCACCAACUCUCCCAUCAAGUUGCCAAGUGAUCAAUCCACCUCCAUCAAGGUCAACAUGAUCUGUCUUGAUCAGUACCUGUACACCAUUGACAAGGAGAGAGGUGUCAAGAGUGAAGUUGUUUGAUGAAAUUUCUCCGUCAUAGAGCAAGAAGUACACGUGCAUGC